GAGGCCGUUAAUGUUUAAUGAGGUUUGUCUCCCAAUUAACGCGCUUCCCCCUGGGUGCCCGCUCCCAGAGCGAGACGCCCGCCGGACGGCACACCGACAUGAUGGGUGACGAGCAAGCGCCCGAGCAGGGCCUGGACAGGUUCAGCUAUGACUAUGAGACCAUCCGCAAUGGGGGGCUGAUCUUCGCCGUCGUGGCGUUUGUCAUCGGGCUCCUCAUCAUCCUCAGCCAGCGGUUCCACUGCGGAGGGAAGAAGAAGAGGAGACAAGGAAACGAGGAGGACCUGUAGCUGCAGAGCUGCCACGAUGCCGUGGAAGGAGAGCUUGGUCCGAGGCAGAGCUCUCCUUGCCAAGGGCCACCCCUUGCCCCGCUCCAGUGCCUCCACCAUUCCCCUGCUCACCCCGGGCGAGGCCGGGACGCAAAUUGCCCUCAUGCUUUCCCCUCCGUCAGAUCCAGCGAGUGUUUCGUGGCUAAUAAAGUUCCAGCUGAGAGAG